UUUUUUUUUUAAAUUAUUUCAAAUAUCUUGUAUGCGUGAAGUAAAAGAUAAAAAGAAGCAAAAGGAUACAGUUGAAUGUUCAGUAAUAGAGUAGUAGCAUUGUCGUCUGCUUGUUUGACAAGUGCGCAUGAUCGGUGAUCAGUCGAGUGCGAAUAAUAUGGCGUACGGGUGUGGAUAUCGAAUGUUCGUCAUGUCGCUCAACAACGUUUAUUAUUUGUGAAUAUAUUCAAUGAAAAUGAAUAGUAAUCAAUUAAAAUUCGAAUAACAUGAAUGAAAGGUUCGAUGUUAUAGUGAUAUAUAUUCUCGAUGAUGGAGGCAGAGGUUAGAGUUUGAUAUUGACGUUCUUCAAGUAUUUUCUACUACAAUAUCAUAGGUUGCAAAUAGUUAUGAAUUCGGUAUGCAAGACGAAUGACGUGUAAUCUAAUACACCAAUGUGCAAGCGAUUGUCAACCUGUGAAUUUCGUAAUAAUAUGUCUACAUACGUAUAAGGAAGGCUCUACAUAUAACUGAGUUCAAUAAAGUCAAUGUUUCAUUCAAAUUGUCACGUUAUAUGAUAAUAUUAUGGAGCAGUGUAGAGGAAACGAUACCUCUAGCAUAUCCAAUGCAGCUAAAGCAGAUAUAUCACCUAAAUCAAAACAGAAGAAAAAAUCUCUAUGUCAGAUGCUUAUGAAUAAAAAGACUAGAGUUGGUUGUUUGGAAACAUCUUAUAAGGAUAGCGAUUCUAAUAAGAAUUCUAAAGCCGAUAACUCUCAACACGAAUCUCAUACCAGCACAAAAUUGUCUUUAUGUUGUGCGAUGACUGAACGAAGUAGAACUCCACCUCAAAGUUUAACCGCUAGUAGAUUGUCUCCUACAACAUUAAGCAGGACAUCUGUAAAGUCUGAAGUAGCUUCCAUUAAUGGUAAAUGUCUAACAGAUGUAAUAGUCGAAAAGCAAGAAGUGUAUUCGAUGUAUGGCGAUCAGGAAGCUCAAGAGAGUAAUACGAGUAAAAAAGUUGUUAUGCGAGAAAAGGAGCAACGCAAGAGUACUUACACAGAAGAAUCCACGGAAGAUGAAAUCGAAGAAUCUUCAGAUGAUGAAAAUAUACAAAUGAUUUAUGCCGAAAGAGAUCACAAAUAUAUAAAGGAUGACGACUAUUUCACUAAGGGGAAGUAUAUUUCUUAUUUCUUCCUGGCAAUGGAAAGGCAAUUCUACGAUCCUUCAGAAGUUUACAGUAUGGUUAAUUACCAUAAUUGUAACAUUUGUGAAAAACCAGAAGGCAAAGAUGAAAAUUCUUCUUCUGGAUCAAUGUCUCCGAUCUCUAUGCAGUUAAGACAAAGAUUACUCCACAGAAGAUCUGUUGAUAAUUUAGUUAUUAAUUCUCCGACAAAUUCUAUGCGACAUUCUAGUCCAGAAUCUGUGAAAAGUGUACCUAUUCAACUUAAACCUCGCUCUACGUCACACGAUGCCUUGUCAAAGAAAAAAGAUCGUAAGGUGCCUACAGCAACUGGGGAAUCUACGGAUAGUUUGGCUAAACAGGCACUACUUGCUGCACAAGUAUUAAAUUUAAUUCCUGCUCAAAAAGCUAGAGAAAGAAAUUUCCUUCAUGGAAGAAUAGCGGCUAAUUCAUUGCUCGGUCCAGUGGAACUUGAAAAAGUAUUGCCAAAUCGCGAAUUAAAAAUUUUCGUUGGAACGUGGAAUAUGAAUGGUCAAUCUCCGCCAAAAGAAUUAAAUGAUUUUAUGUUACCUUCGGAAAUAGAAACUAUUCCUGAUAUGUUAGCAAUUGGAACUCAAGAAUCGUGUUCUGAAAGAAAUGAAUGGGAAGCUUCUUUGCAAGAAACAUUAGGACCUUCUCACGUUUUAUUAACUAGUACAGGUCUUGGAACCCUUCACUUGGCUCUUUUCUUAAGGAGAGAUCUCAUUUGGUUUUGUUCUGUACCUGAGGAUGAUAGUUUUUCUACUAGAACCGGAACAGCAUUUCGAACUAAAGGAGCUGUUGCUUUGGCUCUGAUGUUAUUUGGUACAAGUUUCCUUUUUGUCACGGCACAUUUAACAGCUCAUCAGGAUAAAGUUAAAGAAAGGGUUAAUGAUAUAAAAAGAAUCGUUAGAAAUUUAGAUCUUCCCAAAGAUUUACCUACAAAACAUAAAAGCAAAGAUGUUACACAAAAUUUCGAUUGCGUAUUUUGGUGCGGAGAUUUAAAUUUUCGUUUAGCUCAACCGAGGGAGGAAGUAAUUCAAUGGGUUACAGACACCUGUUUCCCCCAACAAGUUCCAGUUAAUUUACAAAAGGAUCAAUUGAAAACAAUUCUUAAUGAAGGUGCAGUACUGCGUGGUUUUGAAGAAGCAUCAAUUAUGUUUCCCCCAACUUACAAAUAUGAUCCUGGCACACAAAACUUUGAUUCGAGCAGUAAACAACGUUGUCCCGCGUACACGGAUAGAAUUCUUUUUAAAGGAAAAGGUCAUACAAGAGGAUAUAUUAGACGAGUUAGUCAUGAAAGUACUAGUUCGCAUAAAGACGGUGCUAUAGAGUGCUUGAUAUAUGAUUCUGUUCAAAGUAUCUGCACAUCCGACCACAAGCCUGUAUGGGGCGUAUUUAAAACAACUAUAAGGCCUGGCAUUGAUACGAUACCCCUUGCAGCUGGUUUGUUUAAUCGUGAUGUAUACAUAGAAGGAAUUAAAAGACGUGCAGCUGCAAUGGAUGAAUCUCAAGGAACUUCUAAAGUGUGCUCGAUUCAAUAAUUAUGGUACUAUUUAUAAAAUUGCCUAGCAAUUUAAUAAUAUUAACAACAAUUGUAGACUUUAUAAAUCAUGAAUACGUAAAAGAAAAACUUAUAUAGAAAUUACCAUGUCGCGUGGCACACACACAUAAGUAUACACGUAUAUAUAUAUAUAUACAUGUAUACACAGGCGAUAAUAUAAAAUUUCUUAU